AUGACUGAGAUGGAUCUCACAUUUAUCUGCGGGCAAAGAACAUCUUCUCUUUUAGGGGGUCCCUUCGCUGCGAGCCUUUUUCGAACAACGUAUGCUAAGCAUCGGGGCCGUGGUCCAAUGGUGAUUCCUGCUGCCUUACCACUGGAUAUUCCGGCAAUUGAAGAAGAAACAUUGUGCCUGGAGAUCCGAUUGAAUGGGGACGGCUGCAGUAUGCUGCUUGAGACCCGAUCGUUAGGCGUUGUACACGCAGGACUACAAGCGAAACGGACCGAGGACCCGAAAAAGAAUCCAUUCUCUUUGAGGUACCGCGUCACACGUCCACGGCUUUUGUUCCUCUGGAAAGGGCAACGCGAUGUGCUGAAACAUACUGUUUCCUUUGCUAUCUAUCCCGAGGGAGUUGUACUCGCACCAAACCAUGUUCCCAUGGUCAUCGGACCGCAGUUGUCAUCAUUCAGACCUGAUUUUACCUCUCACCAACCUGCCUGGUCAUGGGCUCCCAUAGAACACAUCCGCAGCAUCAUGGUACACGAACAAGAUGGCCGAGGAUUUAUAGGAAUGAUGAUACAUUAUGACAACGGGUCUCAGAGAUUCAUCGGCGACUUCGCACGGGCCGACGACGACGACGACGAUAUCAGAUACCCAAUAUCCAUUGAACCAAUAAAGCACAUGUAUGUCGAGAGGUGGCCCCCUUCCGGCCAGUACACGAAGAUGCAAGUACACUUUGGAUCUCGCUGGCUCCGUCACAGCAUGGAUACGGAAUUAGAUGAAUAUGUAUUUGUGGGCGAAUUGCAUUUCUGGUAUGGGCCAUGGAUGGCUCCUGAAUUAAGAGUCCUGCCGUCGGGUAGUUGGCAGGCUGAGUAG